UCCACCAGACACAAAUAAAGACCCACCAGAAAAUGUCCUACCUCUCAACGCGCAUUCUCGAUCCACCCCCGGGCCGCAUCCACUGGGACAACCGCAUCCUGCAGCCCCCCAAAUGGCUCCUCACGAUCCUCCCCGCGACCACCCGCCACCUGCUCGGAACAUGCUACAAUCACGCCUACCACAGUCUGCGCACCCAACGCUAUGUUGAACUCUGCUUCGCUCAGCGUUACAAAGCUCUCUGUCCGACUGUUGUGAAGACGAUCAGCAGCAGCAGCGAUCCCUCCACCUCAUCCUCCUCCUCCACAACUACAACCACAGCCACAGGCCCCACAGCAACAGCUGCAACUGCAGCUACAACAACCACAGCAGUCAUAUCUACAACAACCGCUACUGCUACAGCUACAGCACCAAUUCCUACCGCUACCACGACCAUCCCAGCAACACCAACACCUACUACCAAUCCCACAGCAACCACCCUCCCCCAGACAAACCCCCCAAACCCCCCAGCCCGUACAACAACUCCCAACAAUAUCCCCGCCCAAAUAACCCACACUCAAAGCAUCGACCGUCUCUUCAACUGGCGCCGCGACUACAUCCCGGGCGACCCGACACUCGCACCCACCGCGAAGAUCCCUUGCUGCGCGCUGCGCUUCCACAUCGACGAAGCCGCAUACACCGCGUACGCAACGCGCUACACUGCCUUACUGGAUUGGUAUCUUGCGAAGGUCUAUCAGCCGUACCGGGAGGCUGUACGGGCUGUUGAGGAGUGUUUGGUUCCGGGGAAGGGACAUGAUGGUGGGCAUGGUGCUGAUGGCAGCAACAGCAGCAAUGCCCAGCCCGAAACAGCGAUGCCGGAGAUGGAUCGGCGGCAAUUUAAGCGGUGGUGGGAGGCGGUGUUUGUGCAGGAGAUGAUGCGGUGGGAGAAUCGGAUUCCGUUGUUGGUGGUGCCUUCUUUUGAGCAGGUGGUCGGGGAGGUUUGGGAGGCUGUUGGGGAUGCUGUUGAGUUGGAGGGAGAGGAGAUUUCCACGGUUCUAGCCCACAGCUGCGGCUGCAUUGCCCGUGAGACAACCGUCCGCUGUGAGCACUCAGACACAGACGAGUGUCCCGGCGUCGUCAUGGAGCGCUGCGCAAACACCAUGUCCGAGCCCUGCGAGCUGUGUCGGCGAUUGAGCGAGGAGCCCGUUGAGAUUGCCCGUAUCCCGAGGGACGUCCACAGCUCCGUGAAUUUCGAGUUGCUGGGAAAUACGGGGCCCGAUGCCGAGCCCGACGCCUAG